AUGUCCUCGUUCCGCCCUCAGACGCAGCCCAUCAACCUCUACUCGCCGGGCACCCGCAGUGGACUCGUCGAUGUCGAGGCCGGCGAUGUUCAUCCCAGAGGCCCCAGGAAUCCCAGUGGGGGCGGCGUCAGGAUUCAUCAUGGUCAGAAUAUUCUUUUUUUCAGAUAUUUUUGUUUGAAAAUCGCUUUUUCUGUGGAUAAGGGGUAAAAAAAAGCUAUCCAGAUUUAACAAAAAAAAAAACCUUUUUCUCGGAUUUUUUUGAUUUUUUUUUAAAAAAAUUAGUUAGAAAAAGCUCUGAACGAUCCAGGUGCCACAUAAAAAAAUGAACUAUAAAAAUUAAAUUUUUUUCUUUUUUUCGAAAUUUUAUUGCUUUUUUUCGUUUUUGGGAAAAAGAGUAAGAAGUGGUCUGAGUGAUCUUAAAUCGAUAUAGAAAAAAACGUUUCGACUUUUUAGUUUUUUCUGUUCUAAGUUGUAAAACUGACAAAAAAAGCCAUUGGAUUUUUGUUUUUUUAAUUUCAAUAAUAUUGCUUUUAAUGAACAAGAACGGUACAAAAACUCAUGAAUGUCUUGAAAACUGCUCGAAAAAAGAAACGAAAUAGCAAAUCUUUGCUCUUUCCUACUCGGAAAGCACUUGGCAGCGUGCCAAUAACAAGUGGUUUUCCAGCCUUUUCCAGCUGUUUACCACGUUCCGUAACGUGCUAUUUUCAGUCCAUUCUAUCCGAUUUUCCUCUUCUUUCUUAUUUUUCGCUGUAGUUUUCCUAUUUUUGAAGUUGAAGAUCAAAUUUUAUUGGUAGAGGGAGAGGGGAAACAGUUUCUUUUUUGUUUGCUUUAAAAAAUAUUUUUUUCCGUCGCGUCUCAACCAUUUUGUUUUCGACUCGCCGGCGACCCUCGCGCAGUCUUUGUACGCUUUUUCCCGCUGCUUUCUGUGUUGCCAAUUUAUCAGCUGAUUUGGAGAAUCGAUUCGGAAUUUUAUUGCACAAAUGACUGAUUGAUUUCGCUUCAAAAAUCUUUGCAAAGUUUUUUUAGGGCUUGAGAAACCGAAAGCUUUGGAAAAAAAUUCCUGAAAACUCUAGUAAUUUGCUCAUUUAUUAGCUUGAAAAUGUUGUUUUUAAUUUUCCGAAAGCUUCUGGUGAACAGUAGAAGGAAACAAGAAAAAUGAGAUUUUUAAAAUUUUCAAUUGGCCGCAGUUUUGAAGUGAUUCUGAAACUUUUCAUAACAUAUAAAUCACUUUUUUUUGUUCAGGAAAUAACUGCGAAAAUACUCCUUUUUUGUUUUACUUGUAAACGAUGAUUUUCCGUGUUGCAAGUCCAUCAGCUGGUAUAGAGAAUCGAUUCGGAAAUUUGUUGCACAAAACCGAUUGAUUUCUCUGCAAACGCGGUUGAAAAAACUGUUUUUUGGGUUCCUAGAGCUUCUGGAGAACAGAAAAAUGUAACAAGAAUAACGACAGUUUUUCGAUUUCGAGUAGAUUUGAGUUUAGUAGCGAUUUUGAAAUUUUUUAAACAUGCAUGAAUAUUUUUUCGUUUUGAAGUUAGCUGCAAAAUAUCUCUUUUUCAUUUUCUGUGAUUUUUUUCUUAUGCUUUUUAGUGUUGCCAAUUUAUCAAGAAAUCUCCGUUUUUAAAAAUUAUUGCCCAAAUUCGUUCCAGAAAUUGCAGAAAAAGGCUUUUUUUUCGUAUGUUUUUUCCAAAAUCUAGUACUCUGGGAACUGUAAAAGACACAGGUGUAACACUGUCCCCAGGAUCUCGAACCUUUUUUUUUUAAAAUUCUAUGUUCCUGUUCCUUCAAUUAUUUAGGUCAGUCGAUUUGAGUUUACUGACGCCUCAAGUGAACACUUACAGACGUGACACUAUCGCCUGGAGCUCGGACCUCGCGAUCGGGCUCCCUGAGCACUUCAGUGCAACAUUCCCCACGCGGCACCCGAUUCAUGGACGGAAUCCGACGACGAAUCCGGCAGGCCAGCCUCAAUCUCCCCGCCGAACCUUCCCUCGAUGAAGGUACUUUCCUGUUUCGAUUCGAGUUCAAAAAAAACAUUUGAUUUUUUAUAUAAUUCAGUAUAUUUUUGUUGCAGUUUUAAAAUUCUUUGAAAAAACCCAGAAAUAUUUUCGGCGAAUACUAGAGUUCUCAAAACCAAACGUUUGAACGAACGUUCAACCAAACAUUUUUCAAACUUUUAUUGAAACCGACCUUUGAUUGAAAUUUCGAAAUUGAACGUUUGAUCGGAACGAACAUCCAUUCAAUGUUUGAAAAAAGUUUGAUCAAAAAAACAAACGUUCGUUUAUUGGUCGGAAAAAGUUUGGUCGAAAAACCAAACGUUCGUUUUCGUUUGAAAAAAGUUUGGUCAAAAUAACGAACGUUUGUUUUUCGGCCAGAAAACGUUUGAUCAUAAUUUGAACGAUUUGAUUGUGGCCGUUUUCGAUCAAUGUUUGAAAAUGAAAUUUGUUCGAAAUGUUGAAAACAAACUUUUUCAUGUUUUCAAACUUUCAUUUUUUUCAAACGUUUGGUUUUGAGAACUCUAGCGAAUACAAGUUUGUAGAAAAAGGAAAAGUUUCUUUAGAAAAAAAUCUUUGUCGUCUGCCUUUUUAAAGAGAUUUUAAUGUAUUUUUUUCAAGAAACAGUUAUUUUUUUAUUUUUUUAAAAAUUAAAGAAACAGUUAUUCUUAUUAUUUUUUUAUUUCAUUCAUUUUAUUCAUCCUUCUGAAAAAAAUUCUCGGAAAAUCUCUAUUCGAACUCUACUUUUUUCUCUACAAAACUUUUUUCACGCCACCAACAGAUUGUAAAUAAAAUUGUUGCUCCAUCUGUUUGCUCCCCCAGCGAAAAAAAAAACUCAAAACAAAACAAUAAAAAAGGGCAACGAGAUGAGUAAGCGUAUGUUUGCCUGCUCUUUUUUUGGUUCUGUACAGACUGGGAAAAAGGGCAAAUUUGAGAGAAAAUAAGAAUUUUUCUCGAAAAAAACAAACAUGAUGUUUUGUUAUUUUUGAAAAUUUUUUAAAAUACACAUAAUCUGGAAAAAGCCCUUACGAAAAGAUCAGGGAUUGCGAUUUAAGGAUCCUAGUAUCUGAUUGGACCCUUAUCGUUUUUUCGAAGCGUUCCAAUAAAUGAGAGCUCACUGGAGCGCACUUGCCCAAACUGUUUAUUAUUAAAAUCACUCACCUACUUCCUGGGAAAACAAUUAUGAACCGAUUUCUGAAGUAUAUCAAUAAUUUUUGAAGUACUGAAUUAAUUUAGCGCAUAAUUUAUUAUUUUUAAUUUGUAUAUUGAAGUUUGAAAGCAGGCGGAAUAGUCUUAAGAUGCGCCAGACCUGAAGCGACUUUCGCGCGAUUGCGGUAGAGCUAACAAUCGAAUUUCAGUACAGUGUACCACAGAAGGUCGAAAAAAGGCUUUAGCGUAGUAGCGUGCGAAAAUAGGAGAGCAUUCAGGGAUUUACAGAAUUUUUUCUAUGGAGAGAUCUAGUUUUAACCUAUGCGAUUUGAUCCAUUCUAAAUGCGACCGUUUCUUCCAUUUUUAAAUGAAAACUUCUCGAAAAUAUUAACAACUGAUCAAUGAAAUCGAGAAUUAUGAACUAGUAAAUUGCACGGAAAAAUCUCGGACAUUGGUAAUGCGAAACGGACGUGCUCCAGACGUUUCUGGGCGAUUCUAGAAAUCACUUAAGAGUGCUGAGGCUACUAAAGUGGUCACUAGAAAUGCCCCGACACGUCUGAUUUGCGUCCCGUUCGCGUUACCAAGGCCCGAGAUAUACCAAGGCCCGAGAUAUGAAAAAUGAAAGCGAAAUGAUUUUUUUUUAAUUUCUAGUUUGAAGGCUCUAGUUUGAUCUUUGUUUGUCAUGGGCAGUGAGUAAAAAUUCGAACCUUCAACCUUGGUUUUUCGCUGACCCGCUGAGAGAAUUUAAUGUUGCGUAAUGAGUGAUGAGCCGCAGUUGGCAGAUGAACGAAACGUUGUUUUUCGAAAUUUCGAUUUUUGGUUCACUCGCUGAGAAACGGUUAUGGGGAUCUGAAGAAAUAUCGGAAAAUUUUUUUUUUUCGAGAAAGGGUAAUUUUACUUUCUUAAUGGAAGUUUUCUAUAAGAAAAAAGGAUCUUUGGCCGGAAAAUUCUUGGUGAAAAUUUUAGCCUUAACCAAGCGGUGAUGAAGCACUUUUUAGGCAUUCUUUUUUAAAGAUUAAUUAGGCACCUCAAAGAAAUGUACUCAGAUCUCGGCUAUCCGCCAGUUUGCUCACCACCUCCGGAGGUGUACUGUGGGUCAGUAGGCGACAACCGGAAUCUGCCCUCAAUGUUCCGAAACCGGUCACAGUCGGACGCACAUCCAGCCAUGAUCAGCACUACGCAAAGGUUUCCAGGAAAAUAAUGUGAAAUUUUCGGCAUUCUACAAGCAUGGGAAGAUCAUUACUUGAAGUCCGGCAGUCCCUCCUUUAAAAUUGAAAGUCAGGUGCCGUAUGCAAUGCAGUGGGAAAAGGUUUUCCGCCAUUUUUCUGAAACAAGAGAAAGUCUGAAUUGCUAGGAAUUGAUUGACUAUGACUUUAUCUGUUGAAGGUUUCAUAAGAAAACUCGGAUGGGGGAAACAUUUCAAUGUGAAAAAGACGAAUCGAAGUCAUUUUUGGGUUUCAAGAAAACGCCGGAAAAUCUUUUUCGACUUUAUUGCAUACAGCCUCAGAACCACCUCUCUGAGGUGGAAAGUUGCAUAUACCCUUCCAGCAGGUCCAGUUUUCUGUAAUUUCGGAUAUUUUCCAGACGCCGAUCGGGUGGCGGUCUACUCGUUUUCUUUCCCAGCUCUUCGUCCUCUUCCAAUAGCGGCGUUAACAAUUCGUCUGGUACGUUUCUGUUGAAAAUUCUGUAGAAUUCAUUUUUCCGGGCUACAAAGGCCCAGUAUGCAUGCAAAGCGGUCGCGAGGAGUUUUUGGCGCCAAUCCAAAGUUUUCGCUUUUGCUCACACUUCCUUUUAAAAAAAUUAAAUUAUUUCCAAAAUUUUUGAAAAGGCGUUUUUGGCAUUCUUGUUCGAUCAUUUACGAAAUAACUCACUAGGUUUUUUUUAAAAACCGAAAUUGACAAAAAAUCCAGUUUUUGUAGCGCAAAGCUUAUAUAGACCACAUCAAGCGAGACUCGUAAAUGUCUCUCUUACCUGUCUGCACUCUCUCUUCUCUCGCCAAAUAGCUCAUAAAAUAAAAAUGAAAAUAUUACGUAAACACCAGAGCGUCGCCAAGGAAGAAGAGAGCGCAGAGAAAAAAAGACAUUUUUUUGAUGUUUUGGCGAUUGGAGCUGAAAUGAAAAAAAGAGAAAGAAACGGGAAAAAUUCAUAAUUUUAUACAAUUUAGUAGUUCGUGUGAUUUCAAAUGAUAGAAGUGUGUGCGACAAUUUACACAUUAAUAAAAAAGUCUCUUGCGGUUUUUUCUUUCUCUAAAAAAAUUCGGGUUGUGUAAAGCUGCCACUUUUCUGUAUCGAAAUGUUUUUCAAAGGUUUCAGUUAAUGGAUAAGGAAGGGGGGGGGGGAUAAAAGCUUUGUAGUACCCAGAUGUAAGAUCAUUAAACUUUUCAAUUUGAAGCGAAAAGUCAGAAAUGGAAAAUGAACACGGACCCGUUGGUCAGCUGAAGAAAUUGAAGAUUUCCCUCAACAAACUGAAAGAAGAAUGUUCAGCCUCACUACAAGGAGGGAUGCAGUCGCGGAGAAACUCGUGCUCCCAAGAUGAGCCGAUGGACAUUUCGGACUUCCGGGCCGACCAUCACGACUACGACGAGAUGUCGACGAUCGACGACGACGACGAGUGCGGAACCUCGCCGGGAACCGUCAUCUUCGACGGGAAUCCCGCUGAUAUUUCCAUUGGUGCGUCCUUUUUUGGAAGUUUAACAGGACUGUGGAGGGGCUGUAUGUGGAGGAGGGUUUGAAAAAGGAGGAUUUUUUUUCCUUCUCGAAGUUUUUUUGAACUUUAGACUUGCUGUACAUGAAGGAAUGACUGUGAAACAUAAAAUGUUGAUUUAUAUUUUCAAUUUUAUAAAGAUUCUCACCUAGUCAACGGAGCUCUGUAG